AUGGAGGAAGAAGCUGUAGACGCAGAUGCUCUGUCUGCACACGAUGAGUCUAGUAGUGAGUCUGAGGACGAGCACACUCAAGAGAACACUGAGGAGGCAUUGAAGCAGUCGCUGACUAAAGUCACCAAGAAGUCACCCAAGAAGCAGAGGAAAUCUCACAAGCAGAGCUAUCCCAAGUACAGGGUGUUGAUCCAGAUCCACUCUUCCACCAGAAUCUCGUUUAAGGCCAUGAGUAUUAUGAACUCCUUUGUUGUUGACAUUUUCGAGCCCAUCACCUCUGAUGCCUCACAUCUCAAUAGCUACAACAAGCGCCAAACCAUCUCGGCCAGGGAGAUCCAGAGCACCAUCCACCUCAUGCUGCCAGGGGAACUGACCAAACACAUCGUCUCCGAAGGCACAAAAGCGGUCACCAAAUACAUCAACUCCGUUUAG